GAACAAAGUGACAGCAUGGUAUCCCAUCGCGUUGGCCGAAGGGAUUCAGAGGAAGGAGAGGGUUACAUGUCGAACGAGUAUGACUCCCUUGGUCUCCUCAUCGACGGGAACGGUCUCAAGGCUUUCCACUCCUCAGCAGGGCAUCCCGACGACGCAAUGGCACAGCCGCUCCCGGCAUGUAGGGACUGCAGCAUCUCAGACGUCCCGAUCGUUGAGAUCCUGAGAAAGACAGAACGCUGGCAUCUCAAACGAUCUGCAUUCAACUUUGAAGGCUCAGUGCUACUGGGUGAAGGCUCAGUCGGGACGGUCAUGAAGGCGAAGCUCAACGGGAGCCCGGUGGCAGUGAAGAUCCUCCGAGAAGAUCUCAAGUCGUCGAUGCAGCAUCUCAAGGAUCUGAUCCAGGAAGUAUUGGCUGCGUCUAUCCUUGGAAACCGGCACCCCAACUUGGUCGGUUUUUAUGGCGCAUGCCUGGAUAUGGACGACCUCCGUGUCGUCUACGAGCUCGUUGAUGGGCAGAACCUGGAGGAGAUCCUAAACCUGAAGAGCUCGACAAUCUCACAGAAGCGCUGGAGACCCCCCCUCGAGCUGGCGCUGAGCUGGUCGAAGCAGAUGCUGAGUGCAUUGACGUUCCUCCAUCACGGCCAGCCGUCCAUCAUACACAGAGACGUGAAACCCUCCAACCUAUUUCUCAGCUCGAACCUCGAGGUGCUCAAACUCGGCGACUUCGGCCUCUGCAAGGUGCUCUACCACGAGCGCGAGCACAUUGGAGCUAGAGGGCAGAUGAGCGGCAACACUGGGUCCUGGAGGUACAUGGCGCCCGAAGUCUUCACAGAGCAGGGAGGGUACACUCACUGCUACACGACGAAAGUAGACAUCUACUCAGCUGCCGUCGUGAUCUGGUGCAUGUGCACGGGAGAGCUGCCGUUCGCUUCCAUGGACCCUCACAAGAUUGCGCUCAUGGUCUGCCGGCAGGGUCUCAGGCCUCCCCUACACUUCCUCAAGAAUCAGCGAGUUGCCAAGAUCCUUCACAGAGCGUGGUCGAGCGAUCCGAGCAAGAGGCCGUCGGCGGCUACCAUGGCGCUGAAGCUGAGCCGUGUCGGCACGGGGGACGAGGAUGUGCCCAUGAGGGACGAGGAUGUCUCCGCUAACUUUCAUGGAUCCUGGCCUCCUCAGAAGGUCUGGGGCGGAGGCGCCAUUCCGACCAGAGUUACUGUGAUGGCGUCAAGAGUGUAACAUACGGCUGUGUCCGAGACUCGCGGAUUGAACCCCAACGGCUCCGUCGCAGUCAACUUUGUGCUUUACUAGAUACUGAAUUAACUUCUUAACCACCUUGAUUACCGUUGAAGGGUGUCUUGAGUG